AUGAUACCCUUAGUAGCCGCAAAAAUGACUCUUACGACAUGGACAGUAUACACCUUGGAUAUCGUAGGUACGAAAGUUGAUGAGAGUGCAACCGGUGCUCAGUUAUCCUCGUUUCUGUUCGACCUCUCUCACACAUCGGUUGUCCCUUCGCAACUUGGGAUGCAGCAGCUGGUCGGUUGUACUGAUGAACGAGAGGAGAGAGUGACUGGCACGGGGGAAUGCCAGACACUCAGCAUCUGUGGUCAACCUAUAUCCGCAGCUUGCUUUUUGGCACUGUCACCACUCCUAUUGCUCCUGAAAUCAGAAACCACAGCGAAGUGA